AUGGGAGGUGGAUAUAGGUCAGCGCCCCAAUCGAGGCAAGAAAUGGCAGAAACGAGGCAGAAACCUGAUCCUGAUCGCAGUAAGAAAAGACUGAAUCUGCUGACACCCCCACCCCCACCCCCUGCCAGCAUCGAUGCACUAUCGAUGUGCAUUGAUGGUCGAUACAUGGAGCUGGAUGGAGUGCAUGACCAACUGGAGGUGGUGGGAUGCAAGGGAGUCCGUGGUCACCAUCUGGUUGCCUUCAAACAAGUUCCAGUGAAUGAUUCCUAUGGGCUGUGUGUCUUCUCAGAGACCAAAAUCCAGUUGGGCCAGGAUGUGGAAUGUGGAUCUCUCCUUACCUCCCUGAUUAACAGCAAGUUACACACUCAUCUUGAAUUAACAUAUGAUUAUAGUCAGGUGAAGCAUGAGAACACAGCAAGGAGUGUGUUGGUGAAAACGACUUCAGAUGGAAACAUCAUUGUUCAUUCAAACAUUGAAAGAGAUGGGAAGGAUGCAGAAGCCCAUGUUCAUACUCAUUCUGAAGAUUCUCUUCAGAAACAGGAAAUGGGCUGUGGCUUUGAUGAUCUCUUAGAAGGCUGGACUAUCCUGAAAUUGGUCCAGAGCUCAGAUUCCUCUACAUAUUGGAGGCUGAUCUUAUCUUCCUCAGGGCACUUGUUGAGGCACGAACGUCUCUAUUCUGCAGGCUUGUAUCUACGUCCUGCUAAGUCUGUUCCAUUUGCUGACCUCUCCUCCAUACAUUGGAUGAAUGCUGAAGAGAUGGAGAUGUUUUACACUGAACGCAGACAGAGAAUACGGAGGAGGCUCUCGGCCUCUCUUACCACAUGCUUGUGAUUGAUUAUCUGUGCAUCAUAUAUAAUAUAUAUAUAUCUGUGACUAAAACUAUGG